AUGCUUGCCAGCAACACUCCCUCUGGUCCGCCCAUCUCCCCUGUCCAUACUCACCUCCACCGUCUCGCCAGUCCUUCCCACCAUCGAUUCGCACCUCAGCACCCGCACCCGUCGUCAUCCCUAUCCGCAGCACAGCAACCGCCCCCCCGUCCCAGCAUCCCCUCAACCUUCGCCAACCACACUCUCCAGAUGACCGCCGCCGCCACCGCCCUUCCGGGCACUUCCUCCGCCCACUCCUUCGACGUACCCUCACCCGCCCCUGGAUCCCAAAACCACAAGCGUCCCGUCGGCCUCACCCUCGCCAAUCCGAACAACCAUAACUUUUCUCACUACCCCGUCUCCGCGCCCUCCUCAAGCGCCCCUUUACCUCCUGGCCCCCCUGGCCACUCCCCUAUCGCACAGCUCCACCGCAAUGCCUCCUUCUCCUUCUCAACAUCAGUCCCCACCAACUAUCAAGCUCACAACCCCUCUCAGGCCCUAGCCUCUGCCCCACCCUCUGCCACCGUCCCCUUACCUCACUCUGCGUCAGCCAUGCCCGGCCCCAAUCAACCCUUCCAGCCGCAAAAUCAUCCCCGGGCUCGUCUGCCCCCCGCCCAGCCUGGCUCGGCGCCUCCACACGGCAGAGCUAACGAAUCCCAGACUCAUGCUGCGCCCGACACUGCUGCCACCCAUCUGCCCCAAUCCGCCCGCCCCUCUACAUCCUCCGUCCCAUCUGGCCCAACCAUCCCGAAUGGCAAGCCUGCAUCCCGCGACGACUCGGCCGUGCCGCCUGCCUCUCUGAACAACUUCCCAGGACUCGGAUUUGCUGUCCAGCCCACUUUAGCCCCGCAAGCCAAAGUUGGCACUCAAGCUAACCCUGGAUCAAGUCCCGAAGCGCUCGAAAGCUUGCGGUUCUUCAACACGUACCUAUACGACUAUUUACUCAAGCAAGGACUGUUCGAGGUUGCCCGAACGUUCGUCGCCAGUGGUGUAGAUCUUGAUCUUAUCGAUGGACGUGAGGGUCUAUCUGCUUGUCAACCCGGCUCGAAACCCACCCCGUCCAGUAACAAUGCCACUAGUCACAAGAGACGCCGCUCCGAAGGCUCAAUCAAUGCUUUCAAUGCCUCACCGCAGGCUGGCUCGAACGUGCUUAGUACCCAGGAUGGUGCCAAUUCAGCCAUCCCCAAAGGUGGCAACGCAGCAAAUAGCAAUCGUUCCUCCAAUGAAACUCCUGGCAGUCAGGGGCCUAGUAGUGAUCCGCUCACCAAUUCAUCCGGCCCAAAUGCCCCCAACGGUACCAGCACGUCUCCCAACACGUCUGCUUCGCCUCGAUCCUCACCGCUUGACUACCACACCUUGCGCGAGAACUUGCCCAAGCCAAAGCUCGCCAUGGACACCGACCAGGGGUUUCUGUUUGAGUGGUGGUCGAUCUUCUGGGACGUAUUCCGUGCUAAGACCGGUCGAGCUCCGGCGCAAUCCAAAACAGCCCAAGUUUAUGUUCAGACCGUGGUCGCCGCUUCGCUUGGUAUGCCUACCGACCCGGGUGGAUUGACGAAAGCCCGGCGGGAAGCUUUGGGUAUUCUGGCCGUUCAAAACCCCCUUGACGCUCAGAAGGCGCAGCUCAAUGAACGGAUGCCGCAGCAGUACAACCUCGUUAACCCCACCAACCCGUACAACUCCCCUCACCAAGAGCCAGGUAACGCCCCGAAUGCACGUGUUAGUCCCCAUCAGUUGCAAGCUAAGCAGGCCCAUCUAGCAGAGCAAGCUCGACAGCAACAGUUGAGUCGUCUGCAGUCACAGCAGCACUUGUCUAGGCUUGAAGCCACUAUCGCUCGCCAACGACAAGUCAAUAUUCAACAGCAGGUGCAGCAGCAGCAAGAGCUUGCAAUGCGUGAAGCUCAACUUCGCCAGCCCCAACACAUGCAUCAAAUGCAUCCCGCCCAUCAUGAUCAAUUCAUCCAACAACGACAACUAGCUAUGAACGCCAGACGUCCUGGUAUGCUUGCCAAUAUGAGCUCCGAACAAGCGCACGUCAUGAUGCCACCGCCACCUAUCCAGCAAGGCUCACCCUUAAAUCCCCAUCAACAAGCGUAUCGCCCAUCCCGACCUCCCAGUCGAUCUGGAGCCGCUCAUGCCUCCAUUCCCUUCGUGCCCAAUCAGGUACAACCUCAACGUCAACCCAGUCGAACAUCAAACCAUGCGAACAGCCCUGCGAUGCAAGCUCAUCCACGCACGCCCAGCGCCUCGCACGCAUCCACCCCACAGGCGUCCGCUGGCUCUUCUCACAAUCGUGCUAGUCCUGCCGUGAGCAACGGUGACCAGGAGCGUAAGAAGAGGCGUUUGAACGACCCGAUGUACAACGCCAAUGAAGCUCCCAGCAAUUGCACCAUCAACAACAUCUAUUAG